AUGACUAAAGAACUGACAGGAGCCUAUACNGUUUUAGCAGCUUAUGCAUUCACAACCAGAUAUUUCAAUGGUGAAAUAGACCCAAUUGAAGGGACCACUUACGUUUUGAGUAUUUGUGGGAACCUGGAUAGCAAUACCAACUUUGAAGAUCCAGCAAUAGCUGUGGAAGCUGUAGCGCAAAAAUGUUUACUGAGUGAACUAAUUGAAACAGAUGAAGCCAGUCUUGAAGUCAUGAAGGAUGAUGUGUUCCAAAUACUAAAAGGACCGAGUAAAGAUAAAAAAUCUUUCUACUGCAAAGCAGCUCUUUCUCAUUUACACAGAAUAUUCAGUGAAGCGAAAACUUCUGGAAAACAGAAUAAAAGUGCCAACAACAAAAGUAAUUUUUCCAGAAAAUUCCCCGAACACACUAGAGAGCAUUUGCCAAACUUAGACAUAAGCAAAGUUAAGAAAUGUAUAAAGAAAAUUGAGUUCUAUUUAUCGUUUAUUGAAAGUUAUGGUCAAGAAACUGAAUAAAAGCAUAACUUUAUAAAUUAAA